AUGCAGUACAUUCCGGUAGAUUCAAAUGGCUGCGUUACUUAUCAUCUAGAUUCAUUUUCAAAUUACAAAACGUGGAGCUAUUCAAGUCCGUUUGUUAAGUUGAAGCUGUUUGCGAAGAAUCCUGUCCCUUGUGUUCGGGUAACAUCUGGAAAAGACUCUUAUACAGCUGCCUUAAAGAAUAUACAAGCAGAUAGAUCUGAUAGUCUUCGAUCUGUUGAAAUGAAAAGGUUAGAAAAGGAACUUUCGGCCCGUCACCUAUGUUUAUUUGAAGUUCCUUCAGAUGGAGAUUGCCUUUAUCAGUCAAUUGGGCAUCAAUUAAAAAUUCGAAAUUAUCCAUUACACGAAUUACUAGGAAAGAUUGAGAUGUCUAAUCCAGAAAAUCUUAAUGAUAUUAAUACCGAUCAGACAAUGAAACAAGUGGUGAAAAUUUUGCGUCAUCUUGCGUCGUAUCACAUUCGCAAGAAUAUGAAUGAUUUCCUACCAUUUUUGUUCAACCCAGAUUCUGGAGAACCAAUGAGUAUAGCUAAUUUUGAACAAUAUUGUGACAAUAUAGAAAAAACAUCAACGUGGGGUGGACAAAUUGAAAUCCGUGCCUUAUCUACAAUGCUUCAACUUCCUAUUGAAAUAUUACAAGCUGAAGGAGUCUCAUUAAUUAUUGGGGAAGAGUUUUCUGAACAGCCACCAAUCACUAUUGUAUACCACCGUUACGCGUUCGCACUCGGUGAACACUACAAUUCCUGUUUAAAGAAACAAGGAUUUCAAUGA